UGUUUUGAUUGGUUCGCGGUCGGGCCUGCUCUGUAGCAGCUGCCGUCAUCCGAUCAGACGCGAGGGUUCUGCUGAGUCUGCCGACUGAUCCCUCGCUCUCCUGCUGCUGAUGGACUGCGGUCUGCACAGGGUUCGGUUCGGACUCUUCAGACAGAUGGAUGCUGAGGAUCCUCGGCUGAGAUGAGAUAAGCCCCCUCUCUCUCUCUCUCUCUCUCUCUCUCUCUCUCCAUCUCCGCCGAGCUGCUGCAGCGCCGCGCACACAAGAAGGACGUGGGCACGUUAUAGUGGAAAACACCGGAAUACAGGGGAUUUGAUAUUUCAUUUGAGCUGUGAGCUGUGCCACUGCGAGCUGUGAAAGGUGUCCCCCCCCCCCCUUCUAUUUUGCACUUAUGGUCCCGAUGCUGCUCUCCAGAGGUGAUGUGAGCUGAGCUACAGUGAAGGGGAAGCCGCAGAGGAGCUGUCCGUCUGUUGAGGUGCAGAUGCGGCUGUGACAAGCGAGCAUGGCUGCCGGGAAGUUACUGCUCUACGCCGGGCUCUCUCUUUCUCUUUGCGCCCUGGGCAUGCUGGCCGUGGCGAUGUGCUCCGACCACUGGUACGAGACCGACGCCAGGAGGUACAGGGAGCGGUGCCGAAGUUUUUCCAGCCGCCGCAAGGACCCGGGCUUCAUCUACAUCCCCAACAACAGCCUGCCGCUGCGGGCCAGCCGGAGCAGCCUGCCCCGCUGGGAGGAGAAGCUGCUGCUGGCCCGGAAUCGGCGGCAGCUGUUCGCCAUGAGCGCCGCGGAUGAGUGCAGCAGGCAGUACAACUCGACCAACAUGGGGCUGUGGAGGAAAUGUCACCGGCUGGGCUUCGAUCAAGAAAUCGAAGAUCUCAUCCGGAAAGGUUCCAUUGCAAGAUGCUCCUACAUCAAAUAUCACUACUCCUCAGCUACGAUACCCAAAAAUCUCUCAUACAACAUCACCAAGACGAUAAGGCAGGACGAGUGGCACUCCCUCCACUUGCGGCGGAUGACGGCAGGCUUCAUGGGCAUGGCGGUGGCCAUCAUCCUUUUCGGCUGGAUCAUCGGCGUGCUCGGCUGCUGCUGGGACCGAGGCCUCAUGCAGUAUGUGGCUGGUCUCCUCUUCCUCAUGGGAGGAACCUUCUGCAUCAUCUCCCUCUGUACCUGCGUCGCCGGCAUCAACUUCGAGCUCUCCCGCUACCCGCGGUACCUGUACGGCCUGCCUGACGACAUCGGCCAUGGCUACGGCUGGUCCAUGUUCUGCGCCUGGGGAGGCCUCGGCCUCACCCUCAUCGCCGGCUUCUUCUGCACCCUGGCACCCUCCGUGCAGCCGAUACCCCGAUCUACCUGCCCCAAGUCCCGACAGGAGAACGGCACCGUCUGCUAAAGCCGCGCAGCCGCGAGGAAAAAAACGACCGAAAGCCGCAGAAGAAAGAAAGAAAAACAGAAAAAACUGUUCCAUGUGUUCAUCCAUCCACUCAUCUCCAGUCUCUCCUGGUUCCAGAUUUUUCUUUUUCUUUUUUUUUUUUUUUUUUGUUUGUGUGUGUUUUAAAAUGGGUGUCUUGAUGCUCUGCUAUCUUGAAAAAAAAAAAACAGAAAAAACUGAAGAACUAAAGAAAUAUUAUCAAAAAUUUGAAGUUGUGCUUGUUUUGUUGUUGUGGAGCAGACGGUGAAACGGACCUUGACCCGAGACAGUUUUUAAAAGGAAGUACGUGGAGACACUGAAGGACUACAUUUUGGAUUGUGAAUGGUUGUAGCAAAAACAACGGUUCUGAACCUCUGAAGGUGUCGGGUAAAGGUGUUCAACCUGUGAACUGCUUAUAGCUUAUAUUGACUGGUCUACUGUGAGUGUGUGGAGAACUGAACGAAUCAGCAGUAUUGGAGGGGAAAAGGUCAAAUUGUUAAAAAUCUUGCGGAACAUUUCUCAUGGACUCUUGGAGCCUCCUUUGUUUGAUAAUUCACAGAGAACUUGACCGAACAUGAAAAACAUGUAACUCCCCGAUCUGGGAUCAUCUAUUAACUCUCAGUAUUCCAGCUGCUGAGGUCCCUCCGGUCACGUGGGAGGGGUUUGUGGGUAGCGAGGAGAUCCAGGACCUCCGCCGUUGUACAUUAUUGUACAGAAUAUUCCAGAGAAGUGACAACCAGGAAACUGUCAUGUCAGACCAUUUUCAUUCUCGUGUAGGUGCAUUACAUUCCGUCUGAUGAUCCCAUUAGCCAUUUAGCAUUUUAUACAUGCGUUCCUCUUUUAUUCAAAAGUGUGUUUUCCUUUUUACUGACCCCUUCAUGUCGUGGACGAACUGUUGACUGAGCCUACGUUCAGAGCAAAUGUGGCGUUUUUUUUUUCCAUUCUAGUCAUAGAGAUAAAUGUGUGAGUGUGAAUGUGUGUGUGUGUGUGUGUGUGUGGGGAGGGUUUAUUUAGCAGUCUCUAAAGAAAAACAGUUGUAAAAAAAAACAAACAAAAAAACAAAAAACUGUAAUAAGGACAAAGUGGAGCCCUGCCUUGGGGAUGUAUAAAGGCAGGAGCUUUGAUGAACAGACAAACGUACAGUAAUGGGGAGAUGCAGUAUCCUGUUUAACCCGAAUGACUUCUGCCUCGUCAUCUUUUCUGGAGACUCCCAGCAGACAUGGCACAUAAAGAAGAGUCAGCAGCACGUCAACUCUGCGCUCUGCCGCCCUGAGCGACUAAGAAAGACUUAAGUAAUUGCAUCGGUCGAAAACACACUCUUGGCUUUUCGUCCUGCGGAUCUGCGAAGCUCCACUCUUUCUCAAGAGUACGUGGCUUUUCCUCUUUAGCUCUUUAUUUUUUUUUUUUUUCACCUACAGCCGAGACCAGGCAGGGCUUUCUGCCGGCCUCUCUAAACCUAUUUAAUCUCUCUAACCGUCGUGCGUUGUUGCUGUACCGCUGAGGUUGAGGUUAAAAAGAUGUCACCUUACUCCGUCAAAAGACGUCUAGGCUGAAGAAAAAAAAAAAAAGAAAAAAAAAUCAAAGCCCUCUGUAUCUGCAAGAUUCCUCCAGGCCUCAGCCACCCAUCAGCAGUCAGAAAUAAAAAAACACACACGCGAGCAUGGUGUCGGAUAUUUCUAUGCACAUUAGGCAUGAUCAUCGUAAUGCAAUAAACAGGGCAAUUCAUUCUCAUCAGAUACAGAAUCCCAGUCAUCCAGAGCUGAGCUUUGAGCUCAAUACAGAACACUUAGAGUCAUUGUGAUCCCCCCAAUAAAACCGUUCAUUGAAAACCAGUGUAGCCAAUCCGAAAACAAAACCCGAACUGGCGUCUGCUCAAGAAUAAUCUCAGUUAAAUACAACCUGGGUCUUAUUUUUGUAUUCCAGUUAUGGCUGGGUUUCUUGAUGUUUUUGUUCAUAUAAACAUCAUAUCCUGGUUUAAGUAACCGGGAUAAACGCUUAUCCCGAUUAUCCCGGCUGAUUUACUCCCUGGAGUACAAUGAUGCCGGGGUGCUGUGGCUUGGGAAGAUUCUGGUUCAGAUCAACCUCAACCUUUUAUGGCGCAUAAGUCAUCAUCAGUCUUGCAGACUACUGUAGGUUUAUCUUUGGUUUAUGCGUUCAGCAGCUACUACACCGCUUUUAUUCUUUGUUGACACAAGUCAAGGGAAAAACGUUUAAAUAUGCUCCAUGGGAAUGACUGAAUUCUGGACCGACUCGCCCCACAGUCCCUCUCCCAGUGUUAGAUGAGGAGAGGCUGUAAGUGAAAAGGGUUUGAACACAUUUAAACGAUUAUUGCCGUGUGCUUUUUCAUCCAGCCUUCAAGUGUAGGCAUUUAGAAAAGCUAUAAAAACAUGAUUUCUGAAGUGGUUCAGAAAAACAUGUUCCAACCGCUUCUUCUCUAACUUUUUCUAACAUUACCCCAGCACACUGAUCCAUAUGCUGCAUCCAGAGUUUGAAAAUGUGAAAUAUAUAUUUUCGUGAAGUUCGACAAAAAGUCAUUUCAAUCAAGAUAAAACAAUGUCAAGAUGUGUCAAGACAAACAAAUCAAAGGGAGAGGAAAGAGAUUCAGGUUCAUGAAGCCACAACUGUAGAUAUCCUCUGCUCCUGUCAGUCCCAGUCCAAGCACUGCUGGCUUGUGAGGAUGUUAUCUGAGUUUAGAUAAUCUAGACUUUGUUGUAUCAAUGUCACGUGUUCCCAGAUUUCACAAAUGAACUCCCAAAGCAGAAUUUCAUCCUGACAUGUUGGAUAAAACUACAAAAAUAAGACCCACAGUCAAAGUCGUAUUAAACCUGAAUGAACCUUUAAUAACAGAAACACAUUUUUAGUGCGGUACCUUGAUGGGGUACAGUUACACCACAUACAUACCACACAUAUCUAUCAUCAUCUCGCUCUGCCGUGUUGGUUUGCUGUAUGCAAAUAAAGCUCAAAUACUACAGGGGCAGGAUAAAGGUGGUUAUAAAUUCAUUCAGCCGUGUUAUAGAGAAAAAAAUAAAGUCGUUUUGUCUCCAAAUUGA